UAACGAUAGGAAUAACGGUGCAUUUGUGUUAGGGAUGCGAUGACGCUAUAAUUUGGAAUCGUUUAUUUAUAGACGCUUUUGCAGUGUGACUAUAAGUUCAGGCAAGACAAAUUUGAUGUAAUCUCGGUGUAGGCGACAUAAAAUUAUUGACAUUUUGUUUUAUGUAUUAUGAUGGUUUUCAACGCGUGGAAUUCAAAGAUACAAGUCUUUAGAAAUUCAGCGGUUCAAGAAUUAUGCGUAUGUAAAAUUGAGCAUUUUUAGCCUAUUUUAUAGGUUAGUAUGAUGCCAUAUUGCCUCUAUUCAUCAUUUGAUUGGGCCGACCACGAUCGCAUAAACAGAUCUCGAUACUCAUAUAUAUACAUAUACAAGCGGUUACGUUAACAGAUUGAGGGAAUUUAGAGAAAAAUCACUUUAAGAUAGAAGUAGAAGGGUUUUAUUCUGUGAUGAACGAGACAGAAACAAUCUACUGAUUUCCGAUUGUCUUGUAGAAUCAGAACUUUGUUUUCUUCCAUAUUGGCUUUUUCACGACUCAAUCCUCGCACCAUUUUCCCUUUCGGGUGUCGAGACCUUUUUUUUUUAUAUGAGUUGACUUGUUUAUAUGACCGUAUCCAAACCUAAUAUUCACAAUUUGAAAUCCUACCGCAAAAUAACCGCCAAUCACGUGCAUUUGUGUCAUGGAUAUAAGAAUAUCGAGACAGAGCAAUGACUAAGCGAGGCAAAGCCGUUUCCACGGUACGGGGAACGUGGUUAUUUGGGGCCUCAUUGGUGAAUUGGUGUAGCUUGUAAUGGCGCAAGCGCAAUCUUAUUGUCAAGUAAGAGCGAGUCAGGUCAGCAGUAGGGACAAAAAGAGUGUGAUUAGUUGUUACUAGGAAGACCAGGACGUAUUGUGAGAAAUGCCGCAGUGCAUAGUAAACAAUUGUAGAAAUAGUAUGCGAAGUCAUCUUGUUUUAGGAAAAACAAAAAAAAAAAAAAAGAAAAAACGAAUAAUGUCUCAUAUCAUCGGACUGGAGGCAGAAUCAGUUAAAACUGAAGUAAGAAUUUGUUCAGCACAUUUUGCAGAAGAUGCCUUCUAUUUAAUACAUGGUACAAAGCGACCUCGACCAGGUGCACUACCGUCUAAAGGCAGUAAUAGUAGUAUGCUCUCCCCUUCUGCAAGGAAGUUUAGAAGAAAGAAAUUCCCUGAUGGUUGGCUGAAUAAUCCAAAUUUUGCAAGAUGGCUCCAAAGAUGUGGUGAACCAUAUAAAGCCAAGUGCAGUGUGUGCAACAAAAUUAUAACAGCCGAAAAAAGCAAACUGUUGAAACAUAAAAACGGUCUGGAGCACAUGACACUUGUGGAUAUAAGAGAAAAAGCUGCAGCGAGUAUACGGAACGACUAAUCGCGUCAAUAUCGACACCCUUUAACAAUGACAGGUAAUAUCUUUGAUUAAUAGUCAAAUAGGUUAAUAAUCAAAUAAGUAUAUAACAAAAAAAGUAUAUAAAUUCUAGGAACGAUAUAUAAAUAUAUAUACAAUAAAGAUUAACUAUUUGCA